AUGACCGACUCGAGCUUCAUUCAAGCCCAACAGCGAGUCGCUGCUCGCCGACAGGCUCGUGAAGCCGAAGCCGUAGCUCGAAUCGCCGCCCAGCGGGAAGCUUCUCGAGCCAGCGCCCAGCUUCAACGACUGCCCUUCCCCUUCAACAGACUCUCUCCGGCAUGGGAUGCCAUCUCGUCACGCGAAGGCACUCGCCCUGCAUUCCGAGUCGCCCAAGUUGACGCCGAGUUGCUCGAUGAGGAGCUUGUCGACCUUCUCAAGGACCAAGUUUGCGAUGCGCUGAAAUACUUUGGCGGCGGCCAUUUGCACGACGACUGGUCUGCUGAGAUUUUGCUUGCCCUGCGAGCUACCCUCUUCAAGCUCACUGUUUGGGAUCACGACGCUACAUACGGAGCAGCGCUUCAAAAUCUAAAAUACACCGACGCCAGGAAACAAGGCCCCGUCCUUUCCCCCCCUUCCACACUACAGAAAUCCCUUUAUGGCCUAGUCACCGUGUUUGGCAAAUAUGCCUGGACAAAAUGGGAGGACUGGCUGCUAGAACAAGACGAUGGCUACGACCAGCCGAGCCCCCAGGUCCGUCGCUUGUCACGUUGGACUUCGCGAUUGACCACGAUGCAUUCCACUGCCGCAUUGGCAUCCUUCCUGGUGUUUCUGCUCCACGGCCGCUACAGGACCCUACUGGAUAGAAUAUUAAGGAUGCGACUGGCGCCGCCGACGAGCCAAGUCAGCCGAGAAGUCUCAUUCGAGUAUCUUAAUCGCCAGCUCGUUUGGCAUGCUUUUACCGAGUUCUUGCUCUUUGUCCUGCCCCUAAUCGGCAUUAACAAAUGGCGACGAUGGCUGAGCAAGACGUGGAGAAAAACCAAAGAGAUUAUCAACACAGGCGCCACCGAGGGCGACAAGUCUGCCAACGGCGAAUAUAGCUUUUUGCCAGAGCGGACCUGCGCCAUCUGCUACCAGGAUCAAAAUGAUUCUGCGACGACGGAAACAGAGAUCAUGGCGGCUGCGGCUUCCAGCGGUGUCAUUGGCUCAGCGCAAACUGAUGUCACCAAUCCUUAUGAAACGAUUCCCUGCGGAUGCAUUUACUGCUUCGUCUGCUUAGCCACGAGACUGGAGAGAGAGGAGGGCGAGGGCUGGACAUGCUUGCGGUGUGGUGAACAUGUCAAGGAGUGUAAGCCGUGGAGCGGAGACGUGCUGGAGCCGGCGGUGCCAACCUUCAGAUCGACGUCGACCAAGACGGUUGCCUUUACAGACGAUGUGACGGGUGGCAUUUUGGAGGAGGAAGUACCUGUGCGAGAACAUUUGGAACCGGAGGAGACGUCGGCGGAGAACUCGGCAGAGGAUUUCGACGAAGGGUUCGACGAGGGGUCUGAUAUUGUGGAUGAGGGUUCUGAUAUUGGCUCGGAUAUUGGCUCGGAUGCCGGCGAUUGA